UAUCAGGAACCGCCACGCCCCCCAUAUAAAUACUGUGAAUUCACAGACUAGUGACUCACAAUCAUUCUCUUGCUUUAGACUGGCUGCGUUGCAAACUUCAACUCAAUCUACGCCUGCGUAUAAUACAACUCUAAUCAUGUCGGAAAUUCGCACUCGCACUCGUCGCCGGUCCUCCACUGGUAUCGUCCACGUCCUCGCUUCCCCCCUCGCGUCGCACAUGCCCUCGUUCCCCGACGCGCCGAUGCCCCGCACACUGCUCGCCGAUUUCGUAGCCUCCUUCAACGAGCUCCAGUCCUAUCGCAGUGGCAGACCAGUCGUCCUAGACGGACAAAACCUCUCCAUUGCUGCGGUCACCGCCGUAUCGCGAUACAGCGCCGGUGUCGAGCUCGAUAGCUCGCCGCAGAUCAAAGACCGUGUGCAGCGCAGUCGUGACGUGAUAGUCAAGAAGGUGGACGGGAAGUCGAGCAUAUACGGCGUGACAACGGGUUUCGGGGGCAGCGCUGACACUAGGACGGACCAGCCGCUUGUAUUGGGCCAUGCCUUGCUGCAGCUUCUCCAAGCGGGCGUCCUUCCCUCGUCGAGCGCCAUGCCUUCUGCCCUGCCUCUUCUUGACCCCUCGAGCUCAAUCAUGCCAGAGUCCUGGGUCCGUGGGGCCAUUCUCGUUCGCAUGAACUCGCUCGUCCGCGGCCAUUCUGGCGUGCGGUGGGAGCUGGUGGAGAAGAUGAACGAGCUUCUCGUAGCGAACAUCACGCCUCUGGUUCCUCUCCGCGGCAGCAUCUCCGCUUCAGGGGACUUGGCUCCGCUGUCUUACGUCGCUGGCUGUCUGAGCGGCAAUCCCGCCAUUCGAGUUUUUGACGGGCCGGCGACUAGCUUUGGUGUACGCAACAUCUUGCCUUCCCCAGUGGCCUUGAAGGCUCGUGGCAUCGAGCCUAUAUCCCUAGCAUCGAAAGAGCACCUGGGACUCUUGAAUGGGACCGCGUUCAGCGCGUCUGUGGCAUGUUUGGUUUUGAAUGACGCGGUUCACCUAGCUUUGUUGUCUCAGAUCUGCACAGCCAUGGGUGUGGAGGCGCUUGCCGGUAGCCGGGGCUCGUUCGAUCCUUUCAUUCACGACGUUGCGCGUCCACAUCCUGGACAGAUUGAGUCGGCCAAGAUGGUAUGGGACUUGUUGGAAGGUAGCAAAUUCGCAAUCACAUCUGAGGAAGAAGUCACGAUAGAAGAAGACUCGGGUGUUCUGAGACAGGACCGUUAUCCCUUGCGCACGGCGCCUCAGUUUAUCGGACCUCAGCUCGAGGAUCUUUUGACUUCGCUCGACACUAUCACUCGGGAGUGCAAUUCCACGACAGACAACCCGUUGGUCGACGGCACUACGGGCAAAAUCCAUAACGGCGGCAACUUCCAGGCCAUGGCUGUGACAAACGCAAUGGAAAAGACACGUUUGGGACUACAUCACAUCGGGAAACUGCUCUUCUCGCAAUGCACCGAACUUCUGAACUCGGACAUGAAUCGGGGUCUGCCGCCGUCACUGGCAGCUACGGAUCCAUCGCUGAACUAUCACGCGAAGGGAAUCGAUAUCGCGAUUGCGGCCUAUGUUUCGGAGCUGGGACAUCGGGCAGCUCCGGUUUCAACGCACAUACAGUCCGCCGAGAUGCAUAAUCAGGCAGUCAAUUCCUUGGCUCUAAUCGCCGGACGGGCAACUAUCGACUGCAUCGAUGUUCUGACUCAGCUGAUUGCAUCAUAUCUCUACGUCCUCUGCCAGGCUCUGGACCUGAGGGCGAUGCACACCGAACUGGUGGCUGGACUGGACGCCAUUGCUGCUGAAGAGUUUUCCGCCGUCUUCGGAUCGUCCUUAAACGAUGAGACCGCGAAGGACAGCGUUUGCCGUACUCUUCAGGCCGCUUUGGUGGAAACGAGCAACAUGGAUGCGGGUCAACGCGUUGUCAAGAUCGCAGCAGCAAGCUCUGCUGUGCUGGUCGAUGUCUGCUCGGCAUCGCCCAACCCGGCUCGCUCGAUGCCUCUCAUCGCUCCUUUCCGCAGGAAUGUCGCCAACCGCCUUGAGACGCUUCUGAAUGAACUCAGACGUACAUAUCUCUUUGGUGACAAGGGCGCGAGUCCAGCCAGUGGCUUCCUAGACAAGACACGGCCUAUCUACGAGUUUGUGCGGAUCACGCUGGGGAUCAAGAUGCACGGCGCUGAAAACUUGGACUCGUUUGCUCAUGGCCUGGGGGAUACCGUUGGCCAGGGCGUCUCGCUUAUAUACGAAGCGAUCCGAGAUGGCCAAAUGCAGCCAGUCGUCGUCGGGCUGUUUGCAUAAAAAGCAGGGUAAUUGCUCAUUAUAAUCUCCACAUCAAUGUAAUCUAUUAUCAUCCACGCUCGAGAACAUUCCAGAUCCAGAACACCUGGGAGUGAGCUAUAAAAUAAUGAUCAUCGGCUCAGGCGUCUUCGGGCUCUCGACGGCAUACCAUUUGUUACAGAGAGGAUGGUCGGACAUCACUGUCAUUGAUCGGAGCGAGACUCUGCCGGCUCCCGACGGCGCGAGCAACGACAUCAACAGGAGUUUGUCGAUUCCCCCAUCUCCAGAUAUAUCGCAGGUUCAACUUGGCAGCUGUCUCUAGUCGUCCGCACCUCGUACUCGGAUCCGUUUUACUGCGAGCUAGCCAAAGACGCAAUCGCCGCCUGGAAGGACACUGAACUUUGGUCCGACACCUAUCAUGAGUAAGUCCGCUCUUUACCUCUCCUAGUCUACUCCGCAUCCCAACCGUGCUCAAGAUCCGGUGUCCUGGUCGUCGGCUCCGCCGCGCGCGAGCGCGACUACGUCCGCAAGGCGCACGCGAACGACAUCGCACACGGCCUACGCGUGACGCCGACCGACACGCCGGACGCUCUGCGUGCCGUCUUCCCGGAAGACGCCGACGUCGGCGAUCUCGCGGGGCACUACACGUACUUCGGGCUGGACGGGGGAUGGGCGAACGCCGGGCAGGGGGUGUCGCUCCUCAUCGGCAAGGUGCGGGCGAUGGGCGGCCGCGUUCUCGGCGGCAAGGAUGUGGCGGGGCUGGUUCGGGAGGGCGGCAAGACGGUCGGGGUGCGGUGUAGAGACGGGAGCGUGUUGGAUGCGUCGUUGGUUGUGCUGGCGACUGGGUCCUGGACGUGUUCCGCUUUCCCGGAUACCGCUGUCAGCAAGCUGUUCCAGGCGACCGGACAGGUUGUUGCGAUGGUUCAACUCACUUCUGAAGAGGCUGAGGUCUACCGCAAAUGCCCAGUUGUUUUGGACUUUGACUCUGGAUUCUAUGUCUUUCCCCCAAACGAGCAGAACAUCCUGAAGAUGGCCAUCCAUGCUGCCGGGUUCACUCAUUCCAUCGGAGACGGGGGGAUAUCGACCCCGCGGACCAUCAAGUCCGACCCAGAGACCGGCCUGCGCAUCCCGAAAGCGAGUGUGGUUCGACUGCGAGAUGGGCUGCGGGCCGUGUAUCCGACGCUUGCCACGAAGCCGUUCUGUGCGACGAGACUCUGCUGGUAUAAUGACUCGGUGGACGAGGACUGGGCCAUUGGAUAUCAGCCGGGAUCUGAGCAGACCGUGAUGAUCGCGACGGCGGGCAGUGGUCACGCUUACAAGUUCCUUCCCGUCAUCGGCCGUCUGGUCGCCGACGCCAUCGAGAACAAACAGAGUCCCGAGGUAGCUGCCAAAUUCGCACCCGAUCGAGUCAUCCCUUCCAAGCUGAAUGGAUCGCGCGACGACCAAGUACAAGAACUAGACCUGAGCCAACUUUGUUUGCCGGAAGAUUUACAAUAAUGUAUCCAGAGAUUAUGUGACCGCACUUCGCUGGGUAUCCGGCCCUCGGUAUAUUUGCGGAGACCGCCUUGCGGAAUUUUCCGCGCCAGACUCUCAACGAAGAGGUCUGCGCAUUGCGCAUUGUUCAGCAACGGAAGCCCGAAAUCGACCGCGUUUCUAGACAAAAAAUCAGCGUAGCACAAUGGCAGAUGCAGGAAAGAAACGUACCGUCGGGCGACGUAGUCCUCGUCGGUGAAGCUUGUGCCGCGCGCCUGGGCCAAGUUGAUGACACACGAGAUGUCGUACUCGUCAAACACCUCCCGCAGCUUCCUCUUGUCCUGUUUCGGGAAAAAGAUGCGCUUCGCGGCGACGUACUGGACGCUGUUGAGGAAUUCCUCCACAACAGGCGACGAACAGUAGAGCUUGAAGCCCAGGUCAACCAGUCGCUUCGCCACACUCGCCAUCUCUGGCUUGGAGAUGUCACCGCCGAUCAGCACACCAGAUCCAGCCUUGGGGAUCUUGAAUCCAGUCGUGCUGAGCAGCGAGGCCCAGUACGCCUCGUAGAUGUCCUUUCCAAAGCUGGCCACUUCGCCCGUACUGGCCAUUUCUACAGCAACAGGUCAAUGCUACCACGCGAUACCGAUAACGGAAGGACGCACCAACACCCAAGAAUGGAUCGGCACCGCCAAGUCGGGUCCAGGAGAACUGGGCAACCUUGAUCGACGUGUAGUCCCGGGGCUCAAGCAUGAGAUCGACUGGCUCCGGCACGUCUUGUCCCACAAUGGCCUUGGUGGCAGUGUCGAUGAAGUUGUGGCCGAGGACCUUGGACACGAAUGGGAAGGAGCGAGACGCGCGCAGGUUGCACUCGAUGACCUUGAGCUGAGGCUCCUCGCCGGCUUCCGCCGGUUUCUUGAUGAUCUGCAUGUUGUACGGCCCCGAGAUCUCGAAUGCCGCGGCGACCUUCUCAGCGAUGGUCUUCAGUCGCGACAUGUCUUCAGCCGACAGGGAGAACGGCGGGAGGACAAGUGUAGCGUCACCAGAAUGCACACCCGCGUUCUCGACGUGCUCCGAAACGGCGUGGACCAGCAGCUUGCCUUGAUGGGCGACGGCGUCUACAUCGAUCUCCUGGGCGUUGGCGAUGAACUUGGUGAUGACAACCGGGUGCAACGGCGACACGGAAGCGGCCGCAGACAGGUUGUAUUCCAGCGCAGUCUCCUCGUAGACCACGUUCAUGGCUGCACCAGAUAACACGUAAGACGGCCGGACAAGGACAGGAUAUCUGCCGCCCGGUCAGCCAGAACGAACAAACAAGCCUGACGAGACCACGCACCCGACUUUAGCAGCGAACGACUUGGCCGCAUCCAGAGUGGUAACCUCCGUCCAUUCAGGCUGAUCGACACCAAUGCUGUCAAGGACGGAAGAGAACUUGUGGCGAUCCUCGGCGGUGUCGAUCUGCUUGGGAUCCGUCCCGAGCACCUCGACGCCAGUGUCCUUCAGCCGAAGAGCGAUAUUCUGGGGCAGUUGACCUGGACACAUGAGAAUGAGCAAACGAUCAGCGAUGAAGAUCCUCAGCAGCACGCACCUCCGACACUGACGAUGACGCCCUGGCUCUGUUCCAGCUCGUAGAUGUCCAUGACCCGCUCAUACCCAAGCUCCUCAAAGUACAGCCUGUCGGCCUCGUCAAAGUCGGUCGAGACCGUUUCGGGGUUGUAGUUGAUCAUAAUCGUGCGCUUGCCCAUGUCCCGCAGCUGGCGAGCGCAGGUGACCGCACACCAGUCGAACUCGACACUGCUGCCAAUCCGGUACACACCGCUGCCAAGCACCAUGGUCCCGUGCUCGUUGAACUCCACAUCGUGCUCAGACGCGUUGUAGGUCGUGUACAGAUAGUUGGUGUGCGCCGGGUAUUCAGCCGCAAGCGUGUCGAUCCGCUUCACGAAGGGUGUGAUGCUCAGGGUCUUGCGCGCCGCGCGGACGAUGUCCUCUGUGGACGAAACCAGGUCCGCGAUCUGAGCGUCCGAGAAACCCAUGCGCUUGGCCUGUUUCAUGAGCUCGUGAUCAAUCUUCUCGAUCGCACCCGCUGCUUUGAGCUGAUGGUGGGUCUGCACGAUAUUGUCGAUUUUGUAGAGGAACCACUGCGUUGAAGUCGAUCAAUGAGUUCCCCAAGAAUACAAUCUGAACGUACUUUGUCAAUUUUGGUGAGGUCGUGAACCUGAUCUACGGUGUAGUUCUUGUUGUACAUCGCGUAAGCGAUGGCAAACAGGCGCAUGUCCGUCGGCCGAGUCAGGGCUUUAUCGAGGUCUUCAGGCUCGAUGUACACUUCGAAACCUUUCCAGCGCGGGUCAACCUGACGAAUCGCCUUCUGGAGACUCUCUUCGAAGGUGCGUCCGAUUGCCAUGACCUCGCCGACGGAUUUCAUCGCCGAACCAACUUCCCGGUUGACUUGCGAGGAGAACUUGGCCAGAUCCCACUUCGGAAUCUUGGUGACGAUGUAAUCGAGAGAAGGCUCGAAGCAGGCAGUGGUCGUCUUGGUCACAGCGUUCGGCAAUUCCGGGAGUGUGUGGCCGAGGGCGAUCUUGGCGGCGGUAUAAGCGAGAGGGUAACCCGUGGCUUUCGAGGCGAGAGCGCUAGACCGACUCAAACUGGGCAAGACGAGUCAGAAAUGAGCUGCAGGUCACAAAUGAGACGUGAUCGUACCGAGCAUUGACUUCGAUGACACAGUAUUCGCGAGACGUGGGAUUGAGCGCGUACUGAAUGUUGCAUUCACCGAUGACUCCCAAAUGACGGAUGACCUUGAGGGCGGCGCUCCGCAGCAUAUGAUACUCGUCAUCGGGUAACGUCUGAGACGGAGCGACGACAAUAGAAUCUCCGGUGUGCGUGCCAAGAGGGUCAAAGUUUUCCAUGUUGCAGCAGAUGAUGGUGUUCUACUUGGCUUCAGAGGGGAAUUCAAAAAUCGUGUAAAACGUACAUCAGCAGCAUCCCGGACGACCUCGUACUCCAAUUCUUUCCAGCCCUUCAUACUGCGCUCAAUCAGAACCUGGGGGCUCAGACUAAGACUCUUGGCAGCCAAAUCACGGAGUUCGUCGGGGUUUUCAGCGAAGCCAGAUCCAAGACCACCCAGAGUGAAUGCAGAACGCAGAAUGAGCGGGUAUCCAAUGGUCUCUGCAGCUGCGAGAGCCGCAUUGACUGACGAAACGGCGGUAGACUGGGCAACGGGAAUGUCAAUUUCUGCAGUUGGGCUUAGCACUCGUCGAAAGCGGUGAGAAAAUGGAGGAGAACGAACCCUUCAGUGCUUGUACGAAUAGAUCACGGUCCUCUGAGACUUCCAGCGUACGGAUAGGUGUUCCCAAAACCUUGACACCAAGCCGUUCCAAGACACCCAUCCGGUCAAGCUCAAUGCCGACAUUAAGCGCGCUUUGUCCACCGAAAUUGAUGCGAUGUUUGCCAGGUCGCGAUAUUGGGGUUAAUGAGAACCGCCUGCACACCCUCUUCGCUCAGUGCCUUGAGAGCCUGAGACCCAGAGUAGUCGAAUUCACCGGCCUGGCCGAUACUCAAACCACCGCUGCCAACCACGACGACCUUCUGCACGUCAGGACGGGGGAUUUUGGGAAGAACUUUAGCGGAAAUGCGGCGCGCAAGCUCGGAGGGGGAGUUGAUGACGUGUUCGCCGUCUUUGGGGGUGUAGGCACCGACCGCAGGAGCUGCAACAGCGCGAAGAGGUGUUGUGGGAGCGUGGAAAGCGCGUGCACAUUGCCCUAAUCGAAAGCGCGACUGGGAGCGGAGCAGCCCGACAGCUUUGGAAAGCAUUAUGGGCGACACUCGCCUCUCGUGGAAGGUAACGCGAAGAGUAGUCGGAAGAAAAGAGUGAUUGAGCACAAAAUACGCGAAACUCGAGUCAAAAUUUUAGAUCACAUGAUACAAAAGCUUGACGUCACUGCCAAUGUUGUUAUCUUAUCUUUCAAGCCAAGGCUUU